UAACAAAGCACUGUAUAAUAAUUUCUUUCCUUUACCUUAUUUGCUGUCAAUAAUUUCUCUAGCUCAAAGAGUCGGGGGAAAUUUUAUGCAUGAACAGGAGUACUAUCUACUUGCGUGGUGCUGGAGGGUUUUCAGACUCUUCACGGCCAUACUCAUAUGCUACCUAUCCUGCUAAUCAAGUUUCUCGCAUUUCUAUUCCAAAUUCGGCACCUUCUGCAGUAUGCGACGACCAGACAAAGCAAUCCCAGGCAUUGUUAUAUAGGCCAUUUGGGGAUUACAAUCCUUUGCAUUCAGACCCAGAUAUUGCACAGCUUGCUGGGUUCACCCGUCCAAUCCUGCACGGCCUCUUCACCCUAGGAUUUGCUGCUCACGCCAUCAUAAAAUCUUUCUGCAACGAUGAACCGACGAUGGUGAAGAGCAUCUUCGGUCGUUUCCUUCUGCACGUCUACCCCGGGGAAACGUUGCCCACUGAGAUGUGGCUUGACAGCCAGAAGGUGCACUACCAAACGAAGCUUGUGGUUGGAGAUGCUUGUUUGAGCAAAAGGGAGCUGCAGCCUGCAGGGCUUGAUUCAAGAAGGUGCAAACCUGCUGGUCAAGGCAGCGAGCGUUAA